AAGAGAACUCUUCGCUGUUUUCGUUUUUUCGUGUAAACAAUCUUUGAGAGAAAAGAUGUCUGGACGUGGAAAAGGUGGCAAAAUCAAGGGAAAGGCGAAGUCUCGUUCGAAUAGAGCAGGAUUGCAGUUCCCCGUUGGUCGUAUUCAUAGACUGCUUCGCAAAGGAAAUUACGCAGAACGCGUUGGUGCUGGUGCACCUGUUUACUUGGCGGCCGUCAUGGAAUAUUUGGCUGCUGAAGUUUUGGAAUUGGCUGGUAACGCAGCCAGAGACAACAAGAAGACAAGGAUUAUUCCAAGACACUUACAACUUGCCAUCAGGAAUGACGAAGAAUUGAACAAACUCUUGUCUGGAGUCACUAUCGCCCAAGGUGGUGUUUUGCCAAAUAUCCAAGCGGUACUGUUACCUAAGAAAACUGAGAAAAAGGCAUAAGCUGCUUUUUCCCACUACUUAAAACUUACAAAUCGGUCCUUUUCAGGACCAACAAUCGUUCUUACAAGGAACAGUCUCGAACUAAACUAUUCAGAUUAAUCAUUUUAAAAUCGUAGAUUCUGUUCGAGUAAACUAUCAUCAUAUCGCUCAAUUUACGUAAUAUUUGAACAAUAUGGUUGAUAUGCUGACAUGGAGUGCAAUAGAGUAUAGAAGAGGUUAGGUAUAUAAUAUCGAAUACUAUAAAGAAUUAUUAGUUUCAAUAAUCUGAAAUUAAUUUAAGAACAUUUCAUGAUUUUGCGACAUAUACGCGUCCUGAACACAUACAUUACCUCUCCCAUCCUACCGUUUCUUUACGAAUGUCUACAAUAGCAUGACAAAUCGAUAGUACUCCGAUAAAAUAGCGUCUACUCAAAGGAUAAGCAAAACCGCGGAUUAAAGCUUCGAUUCAAUCUUACUAUACGGCGCUAGUGUAUCGUGAGAGCUUACGGCGAGCUAAACAGAUCUUAAGAAAAUAAUCUCUGAAAGACCUCCUUUGUGUAAGAUCAUUGAACUUUAUUCGGCGAAUAAUACGCAGUUAAAGUAUACAUGUUCACUUAUCGAAUAAAAUGUAAUACUAACAAAAUUUCGAAUAUCACAUUCUAUGUGCAUUAUUUUUCGUGCGAUCUACUGCAAAGCCUGAAUUGUGGUUAGUUACGAUUCUUCGAUCUAAACGAUUUGACUAAUAAGAAGAAGAAAGGAAACUUGAAAAUAUAGUAGAAAUCAAGUAAAUAACAAAGUU